UCCGGGCCGUCACAUGAUCACGUUAGGAGACAACCAGGAAAUCAUGAGUUUUGUGUAGUGAAAGAAGAGGAACACAUGAUUUAAUCUCCGUUUUCGACGAUGUCUCUUUACAAAAACAGUUCGUUUAUGGUUUUGUUAGUAUUAUUAUUUAUGUAUGCUCGCGUGUCCAGCGUCAGCGCUACAGAUUCAGCGGACAAUAUGAAACAAAGCCCGUCUUUGAGCCCCGCUGCUGCUGCUGUUGUUGUGGUUGACCCGCCUGUGUCUCAGCCCGGCGUGGACCCCCUAUUCUCCCUCAACCUGCUCUCGUCCUUCCCUGAAGACCUGGAGAUCAGCGACUACUGCAGCGACCUGCUUCACAUAUUCGGACAGAGAUAUGUAACCUAUGUGAACUGCUCCAUCCCUGCUGCCCGACCCGUUAAAGUUUGCAUGAACUGUUUCUCCAGUUAUGGCAGCCUCCAGGACAUCUAUUUGAACAUCUCGUUAGACCAGAUGGGUCCUGGUAAUGUGACCUGCAGGGACAGCCUCCUGCGCAGUGAUCGGCUGAUGCUGGUUUAUCUGCUUUACAGCAACCUGGAAAAUAUUUGGAGCAUAUCAAACUGUGGCAAUUGCAUCACUAAAGGAUUCCAGAGCCUGACCAAUGACACUCUGUACUUCAUGAGCACUCUCAACCAAACUCUCACCUGCUUUAAGAAGUAUCAACAGGGGAACUUUACGGAGCUGUGCAAAGACUGUAAGAACACAUACAAAGGCCUGAAUGAGCUGUACAGCAGAAUGGAGACAAACCUGACUAUGUGUAUUGACAUAGAGGAUGCGAUGAAUAUGACUCGCAGACUGUGGAGUAAGAGCUUCAAUUGUUCCUUCCCCCGUGAGGAGACGGUGCCUGUCAUCGCCGUGUCCAGCUUCAUGCUCUUUCUGCCCAUCAUCUUCUACUUGAGCAGCUUCCUUCACUCUGAACAAAAGAAACGCAAGCUCAUACACCCCAAACGGGCGAAGUCAUACAGCAGUCUGAUGAACAUUCAGGACAAACUGAGCUGAAGAGGAGGCAGGUGAUGACUAAAAUGGAGGACAACCCUCUUUUAUUAGAAGUUACAACCCGGGAGAAGAUUGGACUUUUCAUCAUCUCGUGCCUGAGGUUUGAAUGUAGCAGACUCCACAACAGCAUUCCCUGUUUUUUUUGUUCAGGAGACUAUGAUCAAAAUUCAGAGGACUUCAAGAAUAUUGAUACGAGAAUGAAAUGCUUUGGGCACCUUUUGCUUUUUUCUGCUUUAUAUUUAUUUUCAUUUUCUUAAAAUAUUUUUCCCAAAAUGGUCUAAAUGGUGUUUGAAAUGCAUUAAACAUAAACAUGAAGAAUUGACAUUUUCAUAAUUUUUCAGCAAAACAAACAAAUAAAUUAUACACAGACUGUUUGAGUUUGCCUACUACUGCUAUAAUUUGAGAUGAGCUUUAUUUUGGGACAACUUUGAUCUAUAUUAAGCGAGCUGUUUGUUUGAAUCAAAUAAUAUCUAACUUUAUAAACUGCUAAUCAGAUUAUCCUUCAUGUUGCUGCACAGAUCCUUGCCUCUCCUUGCUUUCAACUCGUUAACAAUCUUCACAUUGUUCAGAGCAUCCUGUAGCCUGAUACACAUAGCUGUCACUAGAAAGAGUGAGGUGUGUGUGUGUGUGUGUGUGUGUGUGUGUGUGUGUGUGUGUGUGUGUGUGUGUGUGUGUGUGUGUGUGUGUGUGUGUGUGUGUGUGUGUGUGUGUGUGUGUGUGUGUGUGUGUGUGUGUGUGUGUGUGUGUGUGUGUGUGUGUGUGUGUGUGUGUGUGCUCUACUUAUGGGUUGAAAAAAAUGGGUUUUUCUGUCUCUAAUGUAUGUCCAGAAGAGAGCUGCAAAAAAGGAAGCACUUGAUGUCCAUUAGUGGUGACAUGUAUCUGCUGUAAGAAGAGGGGUGGUGCACAUCAGGGGGGUGGGGGGAGUAGAUAAAGACAUUACACACAUAAUGUAAGAGCACUCCAGAGUAACACACUGUGAUGCUACCUGUUUUCCAGUCAGUGUUUUUUGUGGUUGCAUAAAGCUUUUAAUGUGCUUUGUUGUCGUUUUCCACAGAUGUUUAACUUAAUUUGUUAAGGGGCUUCUGACUGCUUCUGACAGGGAAGUCUCAUUUAUGUCUCCUCUAUGAGUUAUGAGUUUUGAAUUGAUCAAAUUUCCUACUGCAUUUGCUGUGAAGUAAUGUAAACCUUAAUUUUGAAUGCAUA